AUGUCAUUUGCCAGCCUAUCGAACAAAGGUGAUUCUCUCAUUCACCGCUACUACUUCUCCAUGGUCGAAAUUGGGAUAAUGAAACUAUUUGUCGACCAUCAAAUCUUCGCUUUCCUGCCCACCAACGACGAUGGAAUCUCCCUCUCCGAGCUAUCCACGACUCUCAACGCUGACUACAACCUCCUCGAACGUCUUUCCAACUUCCUGGUGGCGGCAAAGGUCCUUUCUGCCCCCCAUCCAGGCUACCUCGCUCACACCGCCGUUUCCCUCCAAUUUGUUGAUCAAGACAGCUGGCAGUUCCUCUUUUUCAACCACAUCUUCGACUUCUUCCUCGUGCCAUCCACCAGCUGGCCCAAGUAUAUGAAACAGCACGGCUUGGUCGAGCCGAAAAGUGCCAGAGAGACACCCUUCGGUCUCGCGGCAGGUCAUCCGGAUAAAACCCUCUAUGAGAUACUAGAGACGAUUCCGGAGAGAGCGGCGCUGUUCAAUCGGACGAUGGCGGCCUCGUUCCCGCCAAUGCCGGUGUUAGGGAUGUAUGAUUUUGGGUGGAUUGGGGAGUAUGCUCGCUCUCAUCCACAGGGGCCAGAUGCUUGUCGCCCGCUGAUUGUGGACGUGGGAGGCGGGAAAGGACAGGCUCUCAAAGCAAUCUUGAAGGAAUAUCCCAGCAUCGUGCCAGAACGCUGCGUGUUGCAGGACGUUCCGGAAGUAAUUCGCCAGGCCCAGGAAGAAGAUGGUGAAGACCAGGUCAUAUUCCGGCCGGUCAAGAAAAUAGCGUCGAGCUUCUUCGAUGAGCAACUCAUCAAAGGCGCUCUCGCCUACCACAUCCGCCGCGUCCUGAACGACUGGCCCGACAACGACUGUGUGACCAUCCUCCGCCAUCUCCGCGCCGCCGCCGCCCCGGACUCGCGCGUCCUGAUUUCGGAGCAGAUUCUUCAGGCCCCACUGACCUUGGAGGUGGCGGCGCUGGAUCUAUGGAUGUUGAACUUUGGGGGGAAGCGCAGGAGUGAGCGGAUGUUUGGGGAGAUUGCAGAACGGGCAGGCUGGAGGGUGAGCAGGAUCCUGAGGGAUAGGAACUCGGACUCGGGGGUGGUGGAACUGGUGGUGUUGUAG